CUUAUCCCGCCCAAGUCAGAGAGAUGCAGCAGGUGGACGUCCCCAACCUUCUCCUUCCACUCUAGCCUCGCUCAAGACAGGCAGCCGCUCGAACCAAGGUUGAAGGAGACAACCCAGUUCUCUGAAACAAAAGAGAUAUGUCUUAUAUGAGGCAGCCAACUGCAAAUUGCAACCUAGUGAGCAAAAGAGGAGCAAUUCCUUUGAUGGGGGGCGUCUCGUUUUUUUCUUUCCCCCUACCCAUGUCUUCUACAACAACUAAAACCUUUUUCAAAGGACAUAUUCUCUCAAGGGGAGUAGAUAUAAAGAGAACCUCCUUUGCAAGGGAAAGGGUUUAUCAAAUGAUAUCAAGAAAAGUAAACCGCACUCUUACCAGGUGCAGCAAUACAGGUAGUGACAGCAAAGAGGAUUCACCUAGCACGGGAAAGACACCAUUUGGAUACUCAAGGAAGGAUGUUCUUUUAAUUGGAGUUGGUGUUACACUAUUGGGCAUAGGCCUCAAAAGUGGAUUAGAGUAUUUUGGGGUUGAUCCAUUACAAGCUGGGAACGUUGUACAGUUAAUAUUGGUUCUGGGCUUAACUAUCGGAUGGAUUUCCACAUACAUAUUUAGAGUCUCAAACAAGGAAAUGACAUAUGCUCAACAAUUACGUGAUUAUGAAAGGAAAGUCAUGGAGAAACGGCUUGAAGGGUUAUCAGAGGCAGAGUUGGAAGUUCUACUUGAGCAAGUUGAAGAAGAGAAGAGAAGUGUGGCUGGUGGUGAGAAAACAAGCUGAAAACCCCUCUUAAUCUUUAUUUGCUGUUUAGGCAUUGUUCAGUAUCAAUGUAUAAAUGAAAUGAAUUUUCUUCCUAUUUAGAAAAUUAAUCAUACAAACUUCAAUGCAAGUAUACAUGUUUAUUUAUUUGUUUGAGUGAAUUAUGAGAUUCUUAAUAUGUAGAGAAAAAAAAUUUGCAGUGAUAUAAUAUAAGUUUUGUUAUAA